AUGGGUCACUUAGGCGUAGACGAGCUGGCCGCGGUAGCGUACGCGCAACUGUGUCUGGAUUUGUCCACACUCGUGUUCAUGCAAGGCUUCAAUGGUGGCAUGAAUUCGCUUUGCUCGCAAGCUUUCGGUGCGAAGAACUAUCACUUGGUGGGCGAGUACACGCUGCUAACGAGUCUUCUACUCACGGUUGCGUGUGCACCGAUGGCUCUGCUCUGGUGGAAUCUCGACCGCCUGCUCCUAACAGCGGGUGUUGCGGAGCACGUGGCCUUCUUAGAGGACAUGCUUGCUAGUUCCUACCAGGCGCAAUUCAUCGUCCUUUCAACCGCUGUCUUCGAUGUUCUCAUGGUCAUUUUCAAUUGCUUCUUCGCAAUUGGGCUCACACUCGUGAGCUACGUUGCAUACAUGAACAUCUAUCACCGGUACCAUCAGCAAUGUUCGUGGCGCUGGGAUACCCACUUUCUCAAUAAAGAAAUCGUCUGGAAUCUGGUAUUCGUAGGCGUGCCGCUCGCAGCCGGUGAGCUACUGGAGAAUGCGCAGCUGACCGUGCUGACGCUGUUUGCAGCCAAGAUUGGUGAGCUCCAGCUAGGGACGCACAACGCUAUGAUGGAGUUAUUCUUCUUCGCUACUUCGCCGCUUUACGCUGUCAUCGGUGGCUCGGUAACAAGAAUGGGUAACCAUCUUGGAGCUGGCCAGCCGCCGUACGCCAUUGUUGCAGCCAGAAUCUGUGGAGUUUGUAUUGCCACUCUCACCGUGGUCAACAGCGUGGUCAUCGUUAGCACACGGCGGCAUCUUGGCCGAAUAUUUUCGGACGAUCCGGCGGUCACCACGGCGUUCAGUCAAGUGUGUUCUCUGGCAGCGCUCGCGUAUACUGUGCUGUCAUUUUUCUGCUAUGCUCUGGCCGUUCUGCAAGCUCAAGCACGACCAAUGCCACUGGCACUAGGCAUGGUUGCUGGUGCUUGGCUAGUCGGUGUUCCUUCAGCUUACUGGAUGGGUGUUCAUACAGCUCACCCCAGUUUACUGGGACUUUGGAAAGGUAUGAUAUGCGGGUAUACGGUAACGUCUCUCGCCAGCUUUUACCCAGCGUUUGUGCGGCCAAACUGGCAAGAGGAGGCCGACAAAGCUGUCGCGCGCUCACAUUUGAAAGAAAAAGAGCUAGCCUCUCCUCAAGAAUCAGACCGCUUGUUAGCGUAG